AUGGUGCAAGGAGGUCAGAGGAGCAGCACACCCAUCACCAACGCCGUCGCACCUCCAGCCGUGGUACGAUCCCGAAAUGGAAGCGUGCUCUCGCGCGGUUUCAUCCUGAAAACGGACCAUUAUCCAACUGGUCGUGCCUUGGAUCUCGAACUCAACCUACAAGGCGCACCGAACUUCCGUAAAGCGGGUCAGGGCGGGCUUAACGUCUUUGGCUGUGCCCAACCACGCAUACAGGGGCUGAAAGCUAUCUUGUCCUUAUUAAGAUGUCGUCCUGACUCUUCACCUUCUGGAGAAUGCGUGUGGUUCUCAACGCGAGAGGAGCCAAUAGUGUACAUUGGCGACCGCUCUUUCGUACUGCGUGACGCGUCCCAACCGCGAGAUCCUCUAUCUCUGUCGGACCGCGUCGAGAACCUGGAGGAUAUUGAGCGUAGGCUCAUACAAGAUAUCCUAGAUGAGGCAUCGCGAUAUGGUGGAAUGAUUUUGACACAUCACGAAAUCAAUGAAGGCGAGGAAAUGUUCCCCACGUGGACUGAGAUCGACGAGAAAUGUGUGCUCACGUCCAGAGAAGUGGUGGAACAGAUUGUGUCUGACGGCUGGAAAGUCGAGUAUUAUCGUAUCCCUAUCUCUCCAGAUCGUGCUAUUGAGGAUAAUUAUCUUGACGCAUAUGCCGCCAUCAUCCAUGACGUUGACCCCGUCAAGACGUCUUUGCUUUUCUCAUGCGGCAUGGGGGUCGUGCGAACUACCUUUGCCAUGGUUGCUGCAUGUAUUCUUCGCCGCAGAAUGUUGAUCCAAAGAGGUCUCUCCGAUCCCUUCAUCCCUGUCCCUUCUACAGGAACAUCUACCCCCGCCACAUCCCAGGGUGCUGUAGCUCUAGAACAGGCUAUUAAACAGCAGGAGCAAAGUCAGGCCCUGCUGCGCAUUACCUACAUUCUCCAGACGAGCAUGCACAACCCGAUGCCCCUCUCUGCCAUCGAGCUUCUGUUAGCACAGCCCUCAUUGAUGGACAACCUGCGCAAGGCAUUCAUAGGAAACUACUCUGUCGUAUUAUCUCUCCUAGGUUUCUUGGAUGAUGGGUUGAAAGCGAAAUUGGUCGUGGACUCCGUCAUUGAUAGCUGUGACCAUGUAAUCAAUCUUCGGGAGGAUAUCCUCACCCUCCGCGUCAAAUAUUCGCUCACAAGUAUGGACGAAAAGAAGCGACAGAACUACCUUGGCCGAGCGGCGCGUGCCUUGGAGAAAUAUUUCUUCAUCAUCGCCUACGCGAGCUACGUCGAGGAGAGGAAGAAUGAAACGUUCUCCACCUGGCUGCAGACAAGAGUAGAGAUCUGGAAUCAAGUACGAUAUAUGCGCAGUCACGCGAACCGACUAGAGAUCUUCGCUCCUGUUGAAGACCUUUCUCUCAUAUCAAGAGGCUCUCGGAAGGGACAAAUCGACCACCUGAUCGAAAACGAACUUGGAAUCAGCGGUGGUCAGGUUGUUGGCGAUGAGUGGGCCGAUCUUGCGGUCAAGAAUCGGAGUGGUAUUAUUCUCCGAGCAAGCACUUUGCUCAAGUCCGACCAAUGGUACGAAGCGGAAACAGGAGAGACAUCGGGCACCAUCCGCGGAGCCGUCAAUUUCCGUAACAUACCGGGCACCCGAAUAUAUGCGCUUGGUCAACCGACCACAGAGGCGAUUGAUCACGUUGUAGAGCGACUGAGAGAGGCCUAUGCCGAUAGCGGCACAGUUAUUUGGAUAAACUUACGGGAAGAGCCAUUGGUGUACAUCAAUGGCACCCCGUAUUGCUUGAGAAGAGAGGGUCUUACGCUGCGAAACAUGAAGGAUUAUGGAGGCAUAUCCGCUUCCCGGCUGGAAGCGCUUGAAGACAGGUUGAAGAACGAUGUGCUUUCUGAGAUUCGGUCUUUCAGCGGAAGGGUCCUGCUUCAUACAGAAACGGAGGAUGGGACCGUCAUCCCUGUUUGGGAAGAAGCUGAAGCUGGCGACGUGGCUGUUCUGCGUGACAUUUUCGAUGCGAGAAAAAAGUGUCAUGGCGAUAUCCUGCGCUUCCACAGGGUUCCAAUCACCGCGGAGCAUGUUCCCGAUGUUACGGAUAUUGAGGAUAUACUGGACAUCGUAGUACGAAGCGAUUACGAGAAAACCCCUAUAGUACUCAAUUGCCAGCUGGGCCGAGGACGAAGCACAAAUGCGUCCAUCAUUGUCCUGUUGAUUCAAAGAUGGUUGCAUUCUGACUAUCUGAAAACUCCGCUGCCGGACAAGUCCUUCUCUUUGUCGCCGAACCGUAAGAAGCCGAGGCACCAUUCGUAUCAGGUGAUCAACAACCUUCUCCGCGUGAUACGGCACGGCGUAUUCGUGAAAGAGGCAGUCGAUGAUGCUGUUAACACUUGCGGACAGGUCCACAAUCUAAUAGACGCAAUCGAAGAGGAGCGUAUUGCGGCGGAACAAAGCACAAAUGCCACGGAAAAGAAUGUGCACGUUCACAAAGGACUGGACAAUCUUCGGAAAUACUUUCAGCUCAUCGUCUUCCAAGCUUACUUGUCAUCGACAAGACCUGACACCUUGCGUAACCAAGCUUCGUUUGGCAAAUUUGUGCAUGAUCGGCCCGUUUUGGAAACUUUCCUGAACGAAUUGAAGGCGGACGGCAUCAGCGCUCUCAAGCCGCUGGAACGUGUUGAGCAUGCUAACGGUGCUGCAUUACCGGAUGAAGCGCAGAGCUUGGUUGCUGCCCGUUCCGGCAGUAUACUAUCUACUUCGACGAUUCUUAAGAGCGAUUUCUUCGCAAACCUACAGAAGAUGUCUCUGCCAGAACGCAUUGACGGCGCACCGAACUUCCGGCAACUCCCGCUGACUCUUCGCUAUGCCCCCGGGAGCACCGCGCGACCACGGGUUGAUGGCCGAAUAAACGAAAAUGACAAAGGAAAAUUUGUGCAAGACGGCAAAAUGGUCUGUGGCAGUGGUAUGCCGAGUGUUGAAGGAGCGCGUCAACUUCUGGCAAGGAUUGGAGCAGCGCCAGGAGGGGCGAAAAAUGCGUAUUGGACUUCACUGCGAGAAGAGCCUGUGCUUUACAUUGCAGGAAGACCUCAUGUUCUGCGACUCACGGAUCGACCAUUCCAAAACGUCGAGGCCACUGGAAUCACGACCGCGGACGUAGAAGUAAUAGAAGUUAACUUGAAGAAGGAUGCCGACCGUGAACUUCGUCAAGGAGGUGGUCGGAUACUAUUACACGACGAGCUCGAUGACGGGACCGGAAACUACGCCGUAUCCCCUAUGUGGGAAACAGUGAAAGAAGACGACAUCAUGACGCCGAGGGAUGUAUUCGAGCUUCUUGUUAAGGAAGGCUACAGAGUCAAUUAUGCCCGAAUCCCUAUUACCGAUGAACAAGCCCCGCUUCCAGAUGGUUUUACCCAACUUGUAGAUCGAGUGGAGACUGCUCUGGUCGAUGGUGAUGAACUUAUUUUCAAUUGCCAAAUGGGUCGGGGUCGUACUACAACGGGUAUGGUCGCGGCCAGCCUGAUCUCAACAAUUGUUCAGCAAGGGAAGCAAGACAAGAAGCUCCUCGCUUCGCUGGAUACAAGUUUAUACCGUGAAAACGAAGAGUAUAAUGACCCGAUGAUCACGGGGCAUGACGAGGAAGUCUAUCUCAAUGGUGAUUACAAGAUCAUUCUGCAGCUUGUAGGAAUCCUUUCGCACGGAAAGCUCGCGAAGCACUUAACGGAUCGCGUGAUUGACAACCUCGACGACGUACAGAAUCUUCGCAAGGCAAUUUACGAUUACAAACUGAAGGUUGAUGCCGCUGACGAAGGAUCCGAAAAGCACAAGCGGUUGUUUGAGAUGGGCAUGAACUACAUGUGAAGUUACGCAUUGCUCAUUGUUCUCGCAAGUUAUCUCAUCCACACACGGUCUAUGGCAGAUCCCACUAGUGCUCCGACUUUCUCCGCUUGGUUGAGCACCCGGCGUGAAAUCAAGAAUCUCCUUUCGCGACGAUCAUUCGAGUGAUUUCCCUUUUUGUCGUUGCAAUUGGUUUUGGCGCCGGAUUAGUCGGUCUGUAUCCUUAACUGUAUCUUUUCUUUCAUAUCCCGCAUAUUCUUGCACACUCGACAACAAUCAUGAAGAAGACUUUCUUCCGGACAGACCUACCAACUAGCGAAGGAAAAUUUGGGCUGCUCGAGUGGUGUCCUGAACGCAAGUUGCGGGAGAAUUCGUACCUCG